UUAGAAAGCAGGAAAGAAAAGAAAGCGAGGGUCUCAAUCCACACUUUUUAACACUCCUCCUAGGGUCAUACCAUUUUCACUUGUGCUUCAUCCUAAAAGAAUUUGCAAAACCAAGGGUCUCUGGCUAACUACUGAAAAUUUUUAUCAAGACUCUUGGUUUACCUCCUAACAUCCACAACAGAGUGUUCUGAAAGUUAACACAUGGUGGAGAGAACCUGUAAGCAGAAGGUACAGUAUUGUUUACACUGUAGAAGCUCGUCUGUGUAUUAGAAAGCGCUGACAACUCAAAUGGAUCGUAUGGAACUGCAAAAUGUCAACAUCAAACUUGAUGAGGAGAGCAACAGCGGAGAAAGCAUUGAAGACAGCUACACUGAUAUAACAGAUCCAGAAAAGGCUACUAUUAGUAGUCAAUUUGCUAACGAUGAUGCAGAAAAUCAGAAGUUCCUUCCCAAUGGAUUUCUGGGUAAAAAGAAAUUGGCAGACUAUCAGGAGGAAUAUCACCCAGGAACCACUUCCUUUGGAAUGUCAGCGUUUAACCUGAGCAAUGCCAUCAUGGGCAGCGGCAUCCUUGGGCUGUCAUAUGCCAUGGCCAACACAGGAAUUAUACUUUUUGUAAUCCUACUGUUCAGCAUAGCAAUAUUAUCACUCUAUUCAGUUCACCUUUUACUGAAGACUUCAAAAGAAGGAGGCUCCCUAAUAUAUGAAAAACUAGGUGAAAAGGCAUUUGGAUGGCCUGGAAAGUAUGGUGCUUUUAUUUCGAUUACAAUGCAGAAUAUUGGUGCAAUGUCAAGCUACCUCUUUAUUAUUAAAUAUGAACUUCCUGAAGUAAUCCGAGCAUUUCUGAAUCUUGAAGAGAAUUCUGGAGAAUGGUACCUGAAUGGUAACUACCUCGUUAUAUUUGUGUCAAUUGGAAUUAUACUUCCACUUUCCCUUCUAAAAAAUUUAGGUUACCUUGGUUAUACAAGUGGAUUUUCACUUACCUGCAUGGCUUUCUUUCUCACCGUGGUAAUUUACAAGAAAUCCCAAAUACCUUGCCCUCUCCCUAUACUGGAUAAUAGUGUUGGAAACUGGACCUACAUCAAUAACUCAGUUCCAAUGCACUUAGUGAUGUUACCAAAUGAGUCUGUCAAUUCUAGAGUGAAUUUCAUGAUGGACAAUACACUUGGACAUACCACAGGGUUUGAGGAGGCAAAAGAUACCCUCCACACAAGUGGAGUGGAAUAUGAAGCCCACAGUGACAGUGAUGACAAGUGCCGACCCAAAUAUUUUGUGUUUAACUCACAGACUGCCUAUACAAUACCCAUCCUGGCAUUUGCAUUUGUAUGCCACCCUGAGGUGCUACCAAUAUACAGUGAACUUAAAGACCGGUCACGAAAGAAGAUGCAGAAUGUUUCAAACAUCUCCAUUGCUGGAAUGCUGAUCAUGUAUCUGCUUGCUGCUCUCUUUGGUUAUCUUACCUUCUAUGGAGAAGUUGAAGAUGAAUUACUUCAUACUUACACCAAAGUGUACACCUUCGAUACCCUUCUUCUGAUGGUUCGCCUGGCAGUGCUUGUGGCUGUCACCUUGACUGUUCCCAUAGUCCUUUUUCCUAUCCGCUCAUCCAUCACCACAUUGUUGUUUCCCAAAAGGCCAUUCAGCUGGAUAAGGCAUUUCCUGAUCGCAGCAGUACUUCUUGCAUUUAAUAACACACUUGUAAUUUUUGUGCCUGCUAUUAAAGACAUCUUUGGAUUCAUUGGUGCAUCCGCUGCCACAAUGUUGAUUUUCAUUCUUCCUGCUGCCUUUUAUCUACGGCUUGUCAAGAAAGAACCUUUGAGGUCACCACAGAAGAUUGGGGCUCUGAUAUUUCUCAUUGUUGGCAUAAUUUUUAUGCUCGGAAGUAUGAGUCUAAUUGCACUGGACUGGAUUUACAACUCUUCAAGUUCCAAACAUCACUAACCUGUUCAGCAGUGAAAGUAUGUCUCAGAGAAGAAAUGCUUGGAUACCAUGCUCCAAAAGACGCUUGACACGUAGAUGGGAGUGUUAUUCCUAGCUAAUAAUUGCAAGAUUCCAAAGACUGUGACUAGUAAUGCCACUAGAAUCUUAUGGAAUACUAAAUCAUCCUUCUUACAAGGGAUAGUUAUUUAUGCAUUAAAAACCUGUGUAGAACAUUUCUAGACAGGUUGUGUGUUGUGAUUUUUUUCCCCCAAAAGCACAAUAAGGGUAACUGUGCGCAUAGGUUUCAAAAUAGAUUUUUCCUCAUUAUUUUGAUAACUACGGCUCCUAGAACAUUGCAAAACAAUGCAGUGUCCAAAAAUUAGCUAGUGCCUUUUUAUAACUGAAAUACAUGGACAUAGCUGAAAGCAGGGCAAAAUGUGAGAGAAUGGGCAGGCGCUAUCUAAGUGGUCUGAAAUCUAAGUAGCCAUCUUUCGAGUCAGGAAGAGGACAGUGUUGACCAACCGUGUUGAAUGUUAAGUUUGUUGUUACCUGUACUAUUGGUCACUAGGUAUGUUAGAGCUGUUAAACUUUCAUUAAAAUAAAGCAAGAAAACAUGCCAAUAUUGGCCCCAGUCUUACAAUCAGAUGUGAGUGAGUGGACUCAUGCACAGAUGUGACUGCCCUAUGAGGCAGGGUUCACCUGCCUGGAUUCAGUUGCAGGAUUGGAGCCUGUAUUUCAAUAAGACUUCUACAUAAUUAUUGUUCUGUUAUCACACAUACCUGUUCGGGGAGCAGCUGGUGGUUCUGGUGUGGGGGGUUGGGUUUUUUUUUUAAUCUUGUAAACAUGUGUGACCUUAGGUCACUGAACAAGUUGUAUUCUGUCUAUAAGCUUGUCUUCCAUUUUAACUCAGAGAUUUAAGGAGACCACAAGGCAUGUGAAAGCACACCACCCAGUAUUGUUUGAUACAUUUUUAUUUGAUGUGUUCAGUGCAGGAAACUGUGAUUUACUAUCUAUCUAUCUAUCUAUCUAUCUAUCUAUAUUUAUGUAUAUAUUCUUUUUUCUCUAGCUAUCAGAAUGUUAAUGUAUAGUACAUUAUUUUUGAUUUUUUUAUAUGUGUAGUUUGUUUUUAUAGCCACAAACUUUAUACUAUUUUGAAGAAAACAGAUUGGGUUGUUGGGUCUGUAAAAAGUUUGUUUUUAUGUAUUAGUGUUUGACAAAUACCUGUGACAAGCCCAACCUGUUACCUGUGUAACAAGACAUUUUGAUGUUUACAACAAUGUCAUCUUAUAAAAUACUGCAAGAGUACAGGACCCUCUUUUCCUAAGAAUUGUCAAUAUAUUGUAUACAAUUCUGUAUUUUUGCCCUAGAUUACAAAACUAGGUAGUUUCUACCGUUAAUACAAUUUAGCUUGCAUAUGUAUGUAUUAGCAUUAAGCCAACAUGUACAGUUAAGCUAUAUAAUUCAAUACACAGGGAAAUAUAUUAGUUCAAGAGCAAUUUUAUUCUAGGCAGUUGUAUUACAUGGGUGGUUAGUUAGCACUCACUAUCCUAAGGGCUCUGGCAAUUUAGUUUAUGACAUUUGGGGUUAUUUCUUAUCUAAUUUAGACCAUGCACUCUCUCCAUUUUUACUAGUGCAAAUCAAAAGUCAGUGGAAUCAGAUUAGAUCUACACAAAGUGUCACUGUGUCCUGGUCUACACUAGGACCUUAGUCUGAAAUUAGCCCCCCAAGGUCAAUUUUCUAAGCAAUGCGUCCACACUACCAAGUCUGUUAUUCUGGAAUAAAGGUCCUUGGAGUUUGAACUCUGUCGUCCUGCUUUUCAUGAGGGAUAAUGCUAUUCUCAAAUUUGUAAGUCCAAAAUAACAUCAGCGUGGACACUCCGGUGCCACUAAUUUGAACUAAUUGGCCUCUAGGAGAACUCCCACAGCUCCCCAGAGUGCUUUCUGGGGCUCUGAGUCUGAGGCAGGCUCCAUUAAUGUAGAUGCGCUAACUCAGACUACAAUCAAUUCUUCCCCAUGGUGAGGCCAUAGAACUUCGAAUUUGUAAAAUCAGGUGCCCAGAAAUUGAACUUAGUACAUUCGAAAUAAUUGCCUAUUUAGACAUGGCAUAAGUGGAGACUCAGGCCCGCUAAGUUCAAUGGGGUUACCAAAGUUAGGGUUCAAUUCAGCCAGUUGUUUAAAUUUGAAAAAUAAAAACUAUGGAGUAUUAGGCCAUGUAUUAAAGCCAUGCAGAGUUAUGGUUUGUCUGACUAACCUAUUAAAUUUGAUAUAGAAUUGACUGUGUCUGUACACACUCAAUUGAGUUAUAUCUUUCAGUAUCCUGUUUUAUUCUUAUAUAAAAGUACUGUAAUCUUAAUAUCCUGGAGCACAUUUCUAUGUAUGGAUUCACUAUUAAGAAAAGACUGCAAUAUUAUUUCGGUUAGGGUCUUUAAAGGGAUUAAUACGAGCAAGGCAAUGCAUUACACUGAUAUAGAACAUAUCUUUAACAUCAGUGUCUGAUGCUGUAAACCUUUCACACGCACAAAAUUCCCAUUGACACCAGAUGUAUGUAUGCAGGGUUCAAUUACAAUUGUAUUUUUGUUUUAGAGAGACUGCUAAUCUAGGAUUUGGACAUGCAUUCAGCUAAGUAAUAAUUAUUUAAUCUAACUCUAAUUGUAGUAAAGAUAUGACCAGAAAAAACUAAUGGGAAACAGUUUUUAGUGCAUUACAGUAUUUGCUUUCGCGUGAAAAAUAAGUGGUUAACUUGAUCCUGCCAUAUCUGUGUUCAGAAACAAUUUUCAACUGUGUUAUAAAAAUGUCAACAUUAAAUAUAUGGCAUAUUUCCCAUUUUAGACAGAGUUAAUUGCCACACAUAUUGUGGGAUAGGCAUAGUGUUAUAUACUAAUUUAUUUAGCACGUCUUGGGGACGGCUGAAGCUGAAUUUUCUUGUUCAUUUUGUAAUAUUUAGGCCUUGGGAGGUUUUUUAUUACAAAAAUGUAUACUGAUGCAUAAUAAAUUAUCUUUUCAAAAA